AUGGGGUGGCCUUGCGGAGCAUGGAGGUGCUGCUAUGGCUUCCAGCGAGGUCGGGUGAACGCUGGCAGCUCCGAGAAUGAAGCCCCAGAGAUUCCAGACAACGUGGGAGACUGGCUUCGGGGCGUCUACCGCUUCGCCACGGAUAGGAAUGAUUUCCAGAGGAACUUGAUCCUCAAUUUGGGACUUUUCGCUGCAGGAGUUUGGCUGGCCAGGAAUUUAAGUGACAUUGACUUAAUGGCACCUCAGCCAGGGAUGUAGCCAAAUAGAUACAUGAAACUCAAGAUGUACUUGAACUUCCAAACACGGAGCCUCUGAUCUGUGACCAUCACAAGACUCGCCCUGGUGGCAGCUGAGGUUUGAUACAGAUGGCUGCCUUCCCCGCCCUGCCCACUUUCCUGCGGAGAGUACUCAGAAUCCACUCUGGUCAGCAGUCAGGCUUCAGCUAACGUGAUGUCCUGUUUUGUACAGUUCUGUACAUAAUUUCUAAGUUUCUGUAGAGAGUGAUCUUUGCUCUUUCUUGAGGAAUAACCUGAUGGUAUUUUAACAAUGAUCUGAAGAAAGAAAAAAAAAGACUGCACACAAAGACA